GAGAGCUCUGUUACACUAUAUAUCUGUCCUUACUAUUAUUGCCGUGUGUAUAGAGUGGUUGCAAGCAAAACCAGUUGGAUGAUCCGCAGAUCAACCACUAGGCCGCCCUUCCGGUGGUGGAGCAACCACCGGUCGUAUCGUAUCGUAUCACCAGACAAAGAACCAAAGAGACCCGACCGCAUAGGUAAAGCUUGGAUCGCUCUCCAUACGGGCGGGUUACUUUGGGUGUUAGAUAGCAGAUCAGACUCACCAGAGAUCAUGAACAGGAACAAAAGUGCUGGUGAGAAGCAGUGGCAGGCGAUGCCAAAGAAGCAAAAAAGGGAUGGGAUCAAAAAAGUGAUGACGGAUAGAAAAAUAGAAGAGAGGCAAGAGGAGAAAGAGGCGAGCGCACUGAAGUGGGCGGACUUCAGGUCAGGCGGGCGCGUGUUUGAUAUAUUGGGGUUUCUCAAUUUGGCCGAAAGUAAACAUACACCUGACGCGUAGGCCACUUCGCAAUGCCCUAUACUCUGGGUUAAGUUAUUGCAAUAGUAAAGGCUCUCUUGCUUAAUAGGUCGUAGUGGCUGAA